GCGUGCUCCUUCAGUCCGGCGCUAACAGUCCAAACCGAUCCACAUCCGGACUCCGGCGAAAAGGAAAUCUAGUCCCCAGCCCUCUCCCGAAAACAAAAAAUAUCGAUCGAAAAUCCUCCCCGAGAAAGGAAAGGAGACAUCGAAAACCCGAAAGGCUCGGAACGAAGAGGCGAGGAUCCAGUUCCGAGCGACGUCGAAACGGAGCGAGAACGCCGUUUCCGGGAAACGCGGGUACAGUGCCGGCCUGAGAAGGAAACUGGAAGUGGCGGAAGAUUGUUAAUCGGAAGCACAGGACAAAGUGUGUACAUGUGGUAAUGUGUCGGUGAACAAGUUCCGAGGAGGAGGAAGAUCCACCGAGAUAGAAGACGCGCGCCGGUGAACGAGAAACAGUCCCGAGGAGUGUCCAGAAUGACAAACAGCAUGAAGCAGACAGUUAUUAAGAAUCCGACAUGGUGGAAGAGGCGGUCAGGACUGGAACGGGGGUUAACUGUAAUCGCAGUUUCCGGAGUCCUUUUGUGCAUCGCGUUGGUAGUCGCGAUCGCAAUUGUUGCAGCGAACACCGCAUCUUGCAACACGCCGUCGAGCAGCGAUCCACCUGUUAAAUCAGAGGAAUUACCGUACACAGCCAACGCCUUGAACGGAUAUCAGCAGCCGAAAGUUCAAACGGUGAACGUACCAUCCUGCGACGAAGACGUGUGCUACACCCCGGAAUGCGUGCACACUGCAUCCAGGAUAUUGAAGAACAUGGACACGCAGAUAGAACCGUGCGACGACUUCUACGACUUCGCUUGCGGUGGCUUUUUAGAGACUACCAGCAUCCCGGACGAUAAAACCAGCGUGAACACGUUCACCGAGAUCAGCGACGAGUUGCAGAACCAAUUGAGAGCCAGCAUCGAGGAAAAAAGCGCGCCGAACGAGCCGAAACCGUUCAGGCUGGCGAAGAAUUUGUACAAAGCUUGCAUGAACAAGACACUGAUCGAACAGCAGGGUUUACAGCCGCUGUUAAACAUUUUAAAGAAACUCGGUGGUUGGCCGCUGCUGGAAGGCGACAAUUGGAACGAAACCGAAUUUAAUUGGAAGGAAUCUGUGUACAAGUUCCGCCAGAUGGGAUACUCGGUCGAUUACUUUAUCGAUUUCAGUAUCGGCGUCGACCUGAAGAAUAGCACCAAACGAAUAAUCGAUCUCGAUCAAGCAUCCCUUGGACUCUCGAGGGAAUAUUUGUCGAAGGGUUUCGAUGACAAAAUCGUGCAAGCGUACUACAACUAUAUGGUGGAUAUCGCGGCAAUUCUAGGCGUUGACAAGGCUACGGCGAAAACGGAAUUAAGGCAAUCGCUGGAGUUUGAGAUGAAGCUUGCUAAUAUUUCUUUGCCGAACGAGAAACGCCGUAACGCCACCCUCCUCUACAACCCCAUGACCGUGCGGGAUUUGUCGAAGAGUUACCGCAGCAUUCCGUGGAAGGAAUACUUCAACACCCUUCUGGCGCCAAAUCUCCAAGUGGACGACGACGAAGUCGUAAUCGUCAGCGUUCUCAGCUACAUCUCGAGCUUGGAGGAGCUAUUGGCCAGCACGCCUAAGAGGGUCCAAGCAAAUUAUGUGAUGUGGAGGGCUGCCGCCUCGUCCGUGAGCUAUCUUACCGAGGAGAUCCGCAAAAGGCAGCUGCAAUAUUCCACGGCGUUGAGCGGAAGGACGGAAAGGGAGCCGAGAUGGAAGGAGUGUAUCGACACCGUUUCCGGUAGCUUGGGCAUCAGCGUCGGCGCCAUGUACGUUCGAAAGUACUUCAAGGAGGACGCGAAGAAGAACGCUUUGGAUAUGGUGGCCGACAUCCGGGAGGAAUUCAAAGAGAUACUGAAGAAGGUCGAUUGGAUGGACGAUGAGACGAGGAAGAGUGCGCUGGACAAGGCGGCGUCGAUGUCCAGCCACAUCGCGUACCCCGACGAACUUCUGGACGACAAGAAGCUCGAGGACUUCUACCAGAAACUCGAACUGACCACCGACAAUUAUUUGGAGGGUAUCUUGAACCUGACGCUGUUCGGGUUGGAGUACUCGUUCGGGAAGCUGAGGAAGCCCGUGAACAAGACCGAUUGGAUCACGCACGGAAGGCCGGCGGUUGUGAACGCGUACUACUCGUCCAUCGAGAACAGUAUCCAAUUUCCCGCCGGCAUUCUGCAGGGCGCUUUCUUCAACAACGACCGGCCUAAGUACAUGAACUACGGCGCCAUCGGGUUCGUUAUCGGCCAUGAAAUAACGCACGGAUUCGACGAUCAGGGCAGGCAGUUCGACAAGGCGGGGAAUCUGGUCGAUUGGUGGGAGCCGGAGACAAAGGAGAACUAUCUGGAAAGAGCGGAGUGCAUUAUUCAUCAAUACGGAAAUUACACGGUCGAAGACGUGGGCCUGAACUUAAACGGUAUAAACACCCAAGGAGAAAACAUAGCCGACAACGGUGGUAUAAAGGAGGCGUAUUUGGCGUACAAAAAGUGGGUCGAACGGAACCACAAGGAAUCGCGAUUACCAGGGCUUCCGUACACACCGGAACAAUUGUUCUGGAUCAGUGCGGCGAACACCUGGUGCAGCAAGUACAGACCGGAAGCGAUGAAGCUCCGCAUCACCACCGGGUUCCACAGUCCGGGUAAAUUCCGUGUGCUAGGUCCGCUCUCGAACAUGGAGGAGUUCUCGGAGGACUUCAAUUGUCCAGUUGGCUCGAAGAUGAAUCCCGAAAAGAAGUGCUCGGUCUGGUAAAAGCGGACCUCCAGACGGAAGAGCUCAGUAAGCGGCUGCCAUUGGUUAAGCUCGUUGUCUUUCGACGCUUUCUAGGACAUCGAUGGUCCGACGGGGAUCUUUCUGGUCCUACCGGAGACCUAAAUUUUGUCCGAUCGAAAAAACUGUUACACACAUAAAGUUCGUGUGAAUUUUAACGGAUUGCGAUCGAUCCUCACAGUAUCCAUUGAACGGGGGGUAAAAAACAGUGACGGUACUUAUUGGUGGAACUGACGAAAUUCAAUUUCGAGGGCAUAGUUGUGCUAUUUCAGGAGGAAUCCUCGUCCUCGUGAACAACUAUAGAAUCGCAUGGUUGGCUAUACCGGUAACGCAUCCACCACUGUAACAUUUGUUUAUUAAUACAUAAGUCCUUUUUAUAAGAGAAAGUUAUAUAUGAGCGACGCGAGUAUUGUAUAUAAGAUUAGGAAGAAAAAAAAAAGGUAACCGAGAUGGCACGCCAUGACAAUUUUUUAAUAGAAUUACGUUGGACAGAAUAUAUAACAUAUAUAUAUAUAUAUCGGAAAACGUACAAUUGGGUUCGAGUCCUUAAAGAGAAAACGUACACGCGUUAAAACUGUGAUGAUUUUAUAGGGAGUUUGACAAUAAAUACUGACACGGUCUUUUGGUUUUGCCAUUAAGGUGACCCGCAAGAAAAACUACAGGACGCAUAUAUAACUGUUAAUUAUAUUUUCAAAUAAUAUUGUUCUAUGGACAUACAAAGUCAAUGUGCUUUUGCUAUCUGUGUAAUGUUCGUUAGGCUCCGUUGAGCAGUAUAAGGUUGUUGAUUAGAGUUACCAUUUUUAAGUACUUGGACGACGUAGUAUUAUUCGUAGUUUCUAAUUAACACAAUUACACCGCAGGCAACGAAGAAACCGCCUGUGAUUACUUUUCUACCGUUUUUUUUUUGCUUUUUUCCAUCUACGUAUAUUAUAGCGAUCUUCCACCUCGUAAGGGUAUAUUUGGAAAUUGUAAUUUCUUUGUUACCAUUUUCCAUCGACAAGGUUACAUUUAGCAUAGAACCGCGAUACUCCUAUUUAUUGCAAUACUGUAUUAACUUAAGUUUAAAUAGAUUAAUGUGUAUCUAGCGUAGUUGUUGAGCAUAAAGUUUUAAUAUAAAGAGAGAUCGAAGAAGUGUUUUAGCGGAAAUUUUCGUUGUUGUAUAUCUAAUCCGUUGAAUAAUAAUAAAUGAAAAUUUUGUAAGUAACGUAAUCCUUUAAACGAGAAAUAUUUCACUUUGAACGCGAGAAAAUAAUUUUCUUUUUAUAAUUCAACACUCGAGCUAUGUAAACCAACGAUAAAUCAUAUAAUUUUAUUACUAUAGAAUCUUCGUUAAUCUUGAAAGUUAACGAACCAUGUACCAAGAUUUUUGUUGUUUAUUAUAUUUAUUUAAAAUUUAAUUUUCUAUAAAAAGUUCAUUAUACUAAAAUAAAUCGUAUUAUAAGUAUUAUCGGAGAGAUAUCUGGUAUUAUGUAUAUAACUCGCAUUGAGAAUUUAAAAUAAAUGAAAUUAUAACACUUUU